AAUCCAGACCUACAGUACAUACACACACACACACACACACACACUCUCAGACCAGGAAGAUUCUCCCACAAACACCACAACUCGCUCCUCUCUCCCUCUGACUGGGAGAAAACGGAAUCAAUCCAGACACAGUGGACCCGAGGACAAAUCUUCUUUCACCCUGAUCUGUUUUCAGUUCUAAGAGGGAGAGAGGGAGCAAAGAGGAGAGAAAGAGAGAGAGAGAGAGAGAGAGAGAGAGAAGCUGAAAGACGGCUUUGCAUUUUAACUAGAUAGGACAGGCAGCAGCUGUGUUUUUCAUGUUUUAUGGCUUUCUUUGUGUGCUGCUGCGCUGCAGAGCAGAGGUUGGGAAUUUUGAACUGAAGAUCUUGACUAGCUUCCAGUGUCCGUUGCGUGUGUAUGGAGGACCGUGGUAGUGUGUGGUAGAGGAGGGAGAAAGGAUCGGACUGAGAACGUGGUUCAUGGAGUCACGGACAUCACCAUGCUUCGGCUGGAUACUUCACUGGGCUGGAUUUGCAGACUGCAUGUAGGCAAAGUCCAUUCCAGGAGUUACUGACGGCUUUCAGCUCUCAUGUGUCAUCUAAGCCAUGCUCCCUGGCUAUGGAUUCUCUCCUCUCCCUGACUUCCUGCCUCACCUCCACUCCUUCUGCUGCCGAGGGGAGAGCUCUGCCAUGUGGAUCCCUGGCUCACCUGAGUCCCAGGCUCUGAACAGCUCCCAGGAAAACAGGCCCCUCCUGCGCCAGCACAUUGCCGUAUGCCAACAGGAGACAUUAGCUUUCAUCGACCUUCAACAGACUAAAACUAAUGGCUUUUGUUCAUCAUUGUUGGGAAGAAGCAGUUCCUCACCAUGCUUUUCCAGCUCACCUCAUAAUGGACCUUCCUCAAACUGCCCCAAAAAUGGAGAGACAAAUGCCAGCAUGGGCGACAUGAAACUUGGCCAGGAUAGAUAUGAUGUGGACGAAGUUCAGGACAACAUCAGAGCACCCUCUAUGGACUCGUUUAAGACAUACUCUGAAAUGCUCUUACCACAAUGUUCUCCCAAAGAUCUGUUCCUUCCUCUGUCACCAAUAUUUGCAUCCAGCAACAGAGACUCGGUGGACUCUCAGCAGGCCAGCUCUCCCUGCUCUUCAGCAAGCUCAGAGCUGCAGAGUCAGGAUCAGUUUCGUCUACAGAGGAGAACAUCACAGGGAUCUUCAAGGGAGAAGUCUAUACGGCGCAAGAUGAAGGUGUACUCACCUGACAGUGUAAGUGAUGACUCUCCUAACAGUCCUGUACACGAGUGGAUCCCUGGAUCCUUAGAGUCCUUCAUAGAGGGAGAGUUAGGAUUAUUGAGCUCCACCGAGCCCACAUCUCGGAGCUCCAGCUCCUUGUUAGAUUUAGAAGAAGAACUCACUCUACCUUCCUCCUCUACAUCACCGUCACUGGCUUCGGAUCCUCCAAAUGAGGAUGUGGCAUCAGGGGAAAGGGCAAGUGAAGGAGGAACAGGUGAAUUGGACUUGAGGGACAGUGGGCCUUUACAAGGGUCAACCUUUUUAGUUGGGCCUUCCCUGCCUCAUCCGCACUCCCACCCUAUGCCCCUGCCCCGUUCCCGUUCCUCAGACCAUGAACGACGACGGUUCUCAGCCUCUGAGCUCAUAUCACGCCUGCAGCUUUCACAGAGGAAAAACUCUUUCACCCUGAGGCUGGGAAAGUCGCUGUCUGCCCGCGUGGCCUCCCGGGAUCGUCACCAUUCUGUAAACUCUGGCCCGGACUACAAACCCAACAUUAGACAGCGCCUUUCAGCAGGCUCGAGUGACAGCAGUCAACAAAGCCCAGUGGGAUCUGCACCACCACUGCCCUCUGCUGACAACACUCUGCCACAGCAUAGGAGAAGCUCCAAGCUGAGUAUGAGAAAAGAUUCGAUUGAUGAAGAUGCAGACACCACAGUUCGAAGUCCCAAACGUCUAUCACGCUUUCUACCCAGUUUGGUCCUGUAUCAGGAGUACAGCGACGUGGCUAUUAAUCGUGAGAUCCAGAGGCAACAAGGGGCCGAACCUGGAAUGGAAGAUGACCGGGCUGGAGACAGUGCAUCCCCAUCCAAUCUCUCACCCUCCAGCUCCUUUCGUUCAUCACGGGGCUCUGCUUUCUCCCUGUGGCAGGACAUUCCUGAUGUGCGCAGCAGUGGACAGCUGGACAACUUCAGCAAUGAGGAGCGCAAACUGCAAGAGGCUAAGUUUGAACUGGUGACGAGUGAAGCUUCUUACAUACGUAGCUUGACCAUAGCAAUUGACCACUUCAUGAUGUCUUCAGAGCUGAAUGAGUGCUUGGGGGCUCAAGAGAAACAGUGGCUUUUCUCCAAAUUGCCUGAUGUCAAGGACGUCAGUGAGAAAUUUCUACAGGAUCUUGAGCACCGGUUGGAGGCAGACAUCUUGCGUUUCGAUGUGUGUGACAUUGUCCUAGACCACUGCCCAGCACUACGCAGGGUCUACCUUCCUUAUGUUACCAAUCAGGCCUACCAGGAGCAGACCUACCAACGGCUGCUACAAGAAAAUCCUCGCUUCCCUGGAAUCCUUGCCCGUCUGGAGGAGGAUCCGAUUUGCCAGCGUCUUCCUCUUACAUCAUUCCUCAUUCUGCCUUUUCAAAGGAUCACACGGCUCAAAAUGCUAGUGGAGAACAUCCUUAAGAGAACAAUUCCUGGUUCGCGAGACGAGGACACGGCCACCAAGGCGUUCAACGAACUGAAAAAGAUUAUAAAGGAAUGUAACUCCAGUGUGCAAUCCAUGAAGAGGAUGGAGGAGCUGAUUCAUCUCAACAAGAGAAUACACUUUGAGGGAAAGAUUUUCCCUCUCAUCUCUCAGUCUCGCUGGUUAGUAAAACACGGUGAGCUGCUUGAGGUGGACACACAAACCAUGAGCAUAUCCGGGUCAAAGUUUAAACUGCCUACGCGUCCUGUGUAUCUGCACCUGUUCAAUGACUGCCUCUUACUGUCCCGGAGAAAAGACACGUGGAAAUUCAUGGUGUUUGUGCAUGCUAAGAUUGGAGAGCUAAAGGUGAAGGACUUGAGUCAGAAGCUUCAGGGCAUCUCAGGCUUUAUCUUCCUUCUGCAGCUGUGUGAAGGCCAGCAGCUCAAGUAUCAGAUCCUGCUCAAGUCACAAACAGAGAGUGGCAAACAUCGAUGGAUCACAGCCAUGAUUCCUCCUGAUGUAACUAUAGCACACACUAGUGAAAAUGAGGAUCUAUCUCAGGUUCAGUGCAUUAAGAGCUACCAAGCUCAGGAGCAUGAUGAACUCACACUGGAGAAGGCAGACAUCCUGCAAGCUAAAACCAUUACAAGUGAUGGAUGGGUCGAGGGGAUCCGGUUGUCUGAUGGAGAAAGGGGCUGGUUCCCCAAAACGUAUGUGGAGGAAAUCACGAGUCGCAGCGCCCGGUUGCGGAACCUACGUGAAAAUAUUCGCAUCAAGUGUGUCACCCAGAAACUAGAGGGCGAGCCUCAGUGAAGGCCUGUAAUAUAGUGCAUCGUUUUAUUUAAGACCUCGAUUAGUUGAAAGAGAAAGUCUUUAUUUGUUAUGUUCUAAAUGUUAAAAUGAGACCUGGAUUUCCGCAGUGGUAGGCACAUAUUUGCAGUUAUGUAGUUGCACAUCAAAUAAUUGUAAUACUAUGAACAUUUCUUUCUCUUUCUUUGUUGCUAUUAGCAUUUGUAGAUAUGUAGCAUUUUUACGGAAUGGUUUGGGGAAAUAAAAUCUAUUUGCUUCCAAUUCCAUAUACCUCAAGUGUAGCUAAUCAGACAAAACAUGUUUGGUGUUUAUAUUCCGCUUUUGAUUCAGUCGAUCAUACUGGUACAUAGACCUCGUAAAGUAGCAGAAUAUGCAUUAAAUACAUAAACCAAAUCAAAUGGUUUCCACUAGCGUUUUUAGCAUUAUAGAUUUAUUUUCAGAGAUAACAGUACCCUGUCAGGAACCGCACAAUGGGGACUAUUUAAGAUCACAACAAGACAUGCUCUCUAGCAAUUUGUGCUUUUAACCAUUUUUAAAUUAAACUUAACAAAGCAGACAAAAUACUGAGCAAAUGAGCAUGUAUAGGGAAUUAACAGCAUUCUGUGUUGCAGUUUUGUACCCAAUGUCUCAGCAUCCCAUUCCAAAGCAAGUGAACAUUUAUUAUAACUUACCCUGAAACCAAAUUUAUAAUUCGCUGCUGCAAAUGAUUUGUCUGUUGUUUCUGUCCACUUCUACUUUUGACCUUUAUUUAUGAUGCUAAGUCUUUCAACAUGUGGAUAUUUUUAUAAUUCCUGUUUGGAGGAAAGACACUAAAUAAUUAUGCUGAGCAUGGUCUAAAAAAAGAGCAUUAGAUAUCUAUUCCUGUGUCAUGAAUUUCUGUAAAUGUUUUAUCUUUAAAAUAAAUACAUCUAUCAAUU